AUGUCUAAUCCAUCUGUCGUCUUGAGAAAGAUCCACGAUAUUGGCUUCGAGAACAGGCCUGUUCCGGAGAUCAAGGAUCCUCAUUUUGUCAAGAUUGCUAUCAAAUGCACCGGUAUCUGCGGUUCUGAUUAUCACUACUAUGAAACUGGUAGUUGCGGAUCGUUCGUUGUCAAAGAGCCUAUGGUUCUUGGUCAUGAAUCUGCUGGUGUUGUUGUUGAGAUUGGUGAUGCUGUCGAACACUUGAAAGUUGGUGAUAGAGUUGCCUGUGAGCCUGGUGUUCCAUCAAGAUACUCCCAGGAGUACAAGUCCGGCCAUUACAAUUUAUGUCCACACAUGGCUUUUGCUGCAACUCCUCCAUACGAUGGUACUUUAUGCAAAUACUACUUGCUUCCAGAAGAUUUCUUAGUCAAGUUGCCAGAUCAUGUUUCAUUGGAAGAGGGCGCAUUGGCCGAGCCUUUGUCGGUUGGUGUGCACUCCAACAAGCAGAUUGGUACUAAAUUCGGUGAUAGAAUACUUGUGAUCGGUGCUGGUCCGGUCGGUCUUCUAGCUGCCGGUGUUGCUAGAGCUUUUGGUGCUACUAAAGUUUUGAUUUUGGAUAUUUCUCAAACGAGAUUAGCAUUCGCUUUGGAACACAACUAUGCUACUCACGCUUACAAUACCAAGGGUAAGUCCGAAUCUGAUGUGCUUGCAUACAUCAAAAAGCAUUGGAAUGGGGAAUUGCCGACUGGUGCCAUCGAGGCUACUGGUGUUCCAGCAUGUAUCGCUAUGGCCAUCAAUUUAUUAGAUAAGGGCGGAAGAUACGUCCAGGUUGGUAUGGGUCCAAGUGCUGUAGACGGCUUCCCAAUUGCGAAAGUGGGUGAAAACGAAAUCACCGUGUUUGGUAGCUUUAGAUACUGUGUCGAUGAUUACAAGACUUCUAUUGCGUUGAUUGCAGAUAAAAAGAUCAAUGUCAAGCCUUUCGUUACUCAUAGAUUUACCUUUAAGCAGGCAAUUGAUGCCUACAAGUUCUUUGGCGAAGGUAAGGCCAUCAAGAUCAUGAUUGCCGGUCCAGAGUAA